AUGGAGCUGCAGCACAGGAUUGAGGCAGGGAUCGCCAAGCAAUUCCACUUCGAGGGGAUUGAUUUUGUCUUUCGGGCUCGCCGACACCGACACCGCUGCACUCACUCUCCACUCCCCUUGAGAUGUGCCAACGACCAGGAACAGUCGAGACCAAUGGAUGAAAAUCGGUCCGCUCAGCUCAAACCUCGAGAAGCCUGCGCCUUCUACGAUACAAGACUUCCUGGUGACCUCGUCCCGAAGCCAGGCGACGGCCCGAAUGAAACCGAGAUCACUUGA